GGGGCCUGCAGGCGGCGGGAGAAACGCCUUUCCCCCCCACUCCCCUGCCAUGGCCGCGCUUUCCCUCCUGCGGAUGAUCCCGGCCUUGGGCGGCUUUCUCUUCGCCUUCGGGACCGGCGUGGAGCUCAUCCGCUUCGUUUCCCUUCGGGGGCUUCUCCUGCCAGAAGCCACUUCUCCAGCCAGAACCGAUGCUGCCAGUCGACCUCCAUGGGGAGCUGCCCUGAGGGACCCCAAGGUCCUGCACCCCCUGACCGUUGACAUGGGCUUGAUAGCCCUCUUCAUCCUGCAGCACAGCCUUAUGGCCACUGACCGCGUGAAACGCUGGACCAACAGCUGCUUUGGAGUCCUACAGAGAUCCUUCUAUGUCUUUUGCACAGCUCUGGCCCUCCAGUUGCUGAUGAGGUACUGGCAGCCAGUCCAGGAUGGUCCUGAGCUCUGGAGAACAAGCACCGAGCCUUGGGUCACUUGGGUUCCUCUUAUCUGCUUUAUCCUACACUUCAUUGCCUGGUUGGUCAUCUUUAGCAUCAUCCUCAUCUUCGACUAUGCAGAACUGAUGGGAGUCAAACAGGUUUAUUACCACUGUUUGGGCAUGGGUGAUCCUUUGGCGGUGAAGUCCUCCCGGGCUGUCCGCCUUUAUGCCCACCUUCGCCACCCUGUCUACCUGGAGUUCCUCCUCAUCCUCUGGGCCGUUCCCUGUCUCUCUCUCGACCGACUUCUACUGGCCUUGCUCUUCACCCUUUACUUGACCUGCGCCCACAGCCUUGACAAGCAAGACUACCUUUAUCUCCGAGCUCAGCUGGACAAGAAGUUCCAGAUCUUCUCCCGCGAAGAGGCGGCCCAUGGCACCUUGCUGGCACAGAACGGCCCUUCGGUCCAUAAAGACAACUGAAUGGGGUGGGUCUGUGGGGAGACAGCCCUAGUGUUGGCCUCCCGGGGCUUGUUGCUCUUUGACCUCGCAUGCAAAGCACUGAAUAAUGCACUAUGUCUUACCUUCUUCCCCCUUUUGUGCACUCAGGAUUUCAUGGCCUAAGAAAACAACCCAAACAGUUGUGGCUUCCCAGGUGCCCAGCCCCUUUUAUGACUCACUCAGAAUAUGUACGUAUGCAAAGUUUGAGCAUUUGUAUCCACACUGAAGCAUAGGAGGUAGAUGCCCACACCAUGGCAGGGGGCACUUUAGAAAUGGCUAUUAAAAUCUUGGAAGGAGCCAUUGGAAAACUAUGGAGGACAUGUUGGGACCAGAGAAUUUUACCUUCCCAAGGAAGGAUAAAGAGAGCUUUUGAGGACAGAUAGGAUUGCUUCUUUUUUUUGCUGGGUGGCUCUUUUGCAUUGGAAAGUUGCUAAACAAACAAAAGUCUUCUCCGUUCCUAGCAAAGUGCUGAUUGUUUACAGCACAGCAACUUUUGCAGCAUGAGAAAGAAAAGCAAAAAAAAGAACUAAAUUUGGAUCUUCUCCAAUCUUGAGAACUGAAGUGUUCCAUUUCAGCCUGAGAGAGCUCAUUUUAAUUCAUAGAUAACAUGGCUUUUUUUAAACGCUGAAGCACUCUUUUAUAUUCUAAUAAACUUUUACUACGUUUUUACUGCAGGGAUUACGCCAAAAUGAUUUUUAAAGCAUGGGAUUUUAACUGAUAACAAUCAACCAUUCCUUUAAAUAUAGAUAUAUAUGUAUAGAGAGAGAGAACACGCAGGGUUAGAUAAUUGGAUUUGAAGGGUGUUUUUGUAUCCUCCCUGUAAAUAUAUUUCUUCUAAUAUGGUUCCUCAAAUGCAUGGUGCUUGGCAAAUAUAGAGUUAAUCACUCAGUCUGAGUUUUCCGGGGUGUAUGGCCAUAUUCCAGAAGCAUUCUCUCCUGAUGUUUUGCCCACAACUAUGGCAAGUAUCUUCAGAGGUUGAAGGGUCUGUUGGAAACUAGGCAAGUGGGGUUUAUAUAUCUGUGAAAUAUCCAGGGUGGGAAAAAGAACUCUUGUCUGUUUGAAGCGGGUGUGAAUGUUGCAAUUGGUCACCUUGAUUAGCAUUGAAUGGCCUUGCAGUUACAAAGUCUGGCUGCUUCCUGCCUGGAAGUAAUCUGGCUGCAGCCCAUUGGACUAGUUUGAGUUUUCAAACUGUCUUCAAAGGCAACCCCACAUAGAGUGCGUUGCAGUAAUCUAUUUCGGAUGUAACAAGAGCAUGGACCACCGUAGCCAGAUCAGACUUUCCAACAGACCUCAGAGGAUGUCUGCCAUAGAUGCAGGUGAAACGUCAGGAGAGAAUACUUCUAGAGUAGUGGUUCUCAACCUGUGGGUCCCUAGGUGUUUUGGCCUACAAUUCCCAGAAAUCCCAGGCAGUUUACCAGCUGUUGGGAUUUCUGGAAGUUGAAGGCCAAAACAUCUGGGGACCUAUAGGUUGAGAACCACUGUUCUAGAGCAUGGCCAGACAGCCCGAAAAACCUACAACAACCCAACAUCUUUAAAGUUCAAUGUAAGACUCAGAAUGGAUGUACAGUCAGCCCCACGCAUUCACUGGGGUUAGGGUUAGGCACAGGACUCCCUAUGUAAGUGUAAAACCGCAAAUAUAGAAAUUGCUAUGUUUUUAACUUGGGGAAACACCUCUCUAGCAAUUUAUCACAAUUCUAUGAUUACUUCUGCUGAAAGUUGACCAUAGAAUUGCAUUGGAGCAGCUAGGGAUUCCUAGACAAGUGUUCCCAUAGAAUCAUAGAAUUCAAUUAUAGAAUCACAGAGCUGGAAGAGACCGCAAGGGCCACCCAGUCCAACCCCCUUCUCUUGAUAUCUCUAGGUCCUCCAAAGUGACUGGAGGAAGUUGACCAUACAGUGUUCCCUCGCUACUUCACGGUUUACUUUUCGUGGACUGGCUGUUUCAUGGGUUUUUGCCUCCUGGCAACAAUGGAGUGUGGAAGGGGCUUUUACCUUCCCCCUCAGGAGAGAGGCAGCCAAUCAUUAAAAAAAAGAGAGAGAGGAGAUACAAAGCAGUAUGUAAAUCAUGGCCUUAUAGCCCCUUUCUUAUAGCUAGCAAAAAAGAAAAGGUGUGCAGUGCCUUUAAACCUCUCCUUGCUUCUGCCUCACCCUUGGAAUGCAAUAUAUAGAUAGGUAUAGAUAUAGAGCACCCCAACUUCACAGAUUUUCACUUUUUUCAGGUGGUCCUGGAACGUAACACCCGCGAUAAGUAAGGGAACACUAUAGUCUCACUGGAUGACCUAAAUUCUUAGAACAUUUUAAAUCAUACCCAUAAAUGAUCAAAGCUGCAAAAGUCAAAACUGCAAAUAUAGAGGAAUGACAGGGACUUGGACUCACCAGCCACCACUGCUCUGUUCAGAAUUCCUUUCAGGAUCUAGACCUGGAAAACCUUUCUAUGUUAGAAUCAUGGUUGCAGCUGGGCUGUGCCUAGCUAUGGAAGACAAUGUCAGCCUUAAUUUAUGACCCAAUGCCUUCAACAUCCACCAGUAUGUGUUCUCUUUCAAUCUGGCAUGCUUUUAUUACAGCUUUAAAACAUGUAACCCAAUGCCAAUAAAACUUUUUUUAAAAAAAAA